GCGCGUCUCUGACGACUGAGCCGAGAUACUUCUUUUGUCUCCUCCCAGCCUUGCUCAUCAACCCCCCACCCCCAAAUAUGUUUAUUUGAAUGCCAGUACUUCUAGCUCUAGAAGCAACAUUUUCGGUUAACCAGCACCCUUGCCAAACACAUGACCGUGAUUUAAAACAACAAGAAAGCAACGACCCAACACAAUCUUGACGGCUACUGAUGCUAAAGACCGCUGCUGAAAGUUCUAAAUGGGGAGUGAGUAAUUCCAACCCUUGAAUUGGUUGCUUUGAGUUAAGGUUAAAGAAUGAUUCUUCUUGGCAGGGCGCUGUGGCUCACGCCUGUAAUCCCAGCACUUUGGGAGGCCGAGGCGGGCGGAUCACCUGAGAUCAGGAGUUCGAGACCAGCCUGGCCAACACGGUGAAACCACGUCUCUACUAAAAAUAACAAAAAUUAGCCGGGCAUGGUGGCUGGCGCCUAUAUUCCCAGCUACUAGGGAGGCUGAGGCUGGAGAAUCGCUUGAACCCGGGAGGCGGAGGUUGCAGUGAGCCGAGAUCCGCGCCAUUGCACUGCAGCCGGGGCGACAAGAGCGAAACUCCCUCUCAAAAAAAAAAAGUUGGCGGGCGGGGGGGGGCGAUUCCGCUCCCCUCGCAUGGGGAAGCAGGCUCUGACCGGCCUGCAGAGCUGCAGCAGCCCUUUGCGCCCUCCUCGCCCUCCCCACCAACAUCAUGCUCCAAUUCCUGCUUGGAUUUACAUUGGGCAACGUGGUUGGAAUGUAUCUGGCUCAGAACUAUGACAUACCAAACCUGGCUAAAAAACUUGAAGAAAUUAAAAAGGACUUGGAUGCCAAGAAGAAACCCCCUACUUCAUGAGAAUGCCUCCAGCACUGCCUUCGGGAUAUACUGAUUCUACUGCUCUUGAGGGCCUCCUUUACCAUCUGAACCAAAAGCUUUUGUUUUCAUCUCCAGCCUCUGGGCAACUCUUUGCUAGACCCUGUUUUUUGGCUUUAGAGCAAGCAAAAUGGGGCCUCAAUUUGAGAACUACCCUACAUUUCCAACAUACUCACCUCUUCCCAUAUUCCCUUUCCAACUGCAUGGGAGGUUCUAAGACGAAUUGUGGUGCUAGAUUAGUAAACAUGACUUUUAAUGGAAAAAAAAAAAAAAGAAUGAUUCUUCUUAGAUUUCUUCUGUAAAACACAAUGGCCCUACUGGCAUACGCAGUGGCCCUACGGGCAUACUUAUGGAGGAU